UAUCGCGAGACUCCACAGAAUUCCUCUCUCCCUGCUCCCCCUCACUCCGCUGGGAGAGAAGAGACUCAACCUAUGGCUGCUAACCAGGCUAGUUAUGGAAGCAACCCCUAAAUACCCCUUCUGCCCUCUGUGACCGACCGAGAGCUGCUUCUCCUGCAUGCAGCGGCUCUACCGGGGACAAAAGCACCGGGACCGUUUGGAUUUUCGGACCGUCUCUUUUUAAAAGUCCUGUUAAAGCCGCCGCCAGCCUGUAGAGGCUUUCAGGAGCUAGCUAACUGAGCUAACAGGGCUAGCCGUAGCCUAGCAAAGAGCUCUGGAUGAAGUUCGCAUGGACCGACUGCUGCGACUGACUGGGAGAGUAGCCUGCUGUCUGACUGCAAGCUUUGUUUCUGGGUUGGGUCCUUCUCAUGGGAGUCUAUUGGUACUUAAUGGACUCUAUCGCUUCGGAGCUUGAAGGCGAUCACUGCGUGCAAAUGUUGCUUUUGUGGGCUGAUGUACGCGAUCACGUUAUUGAUCUGGAGAAGCCAACUGGCGAGCUAACAGGAUAUUAGCCACCUCUCUCCUCUCCACACUCCGCUUUGUGCAGGAGGCCAUGGACUGAAGAGCAUUCAUCAGUGACUGAGUGAUGGGAAGGGAAGGCUGGCUUUAAUGGCAGCUCAUUAUUUAUGUGGAAGCAGCAGUUGGAUCCACCUAAACGGACUAAAGAAGCGUUUGAUUUGAACCUUGAACACUAAAAACUCCUGUUGGCUCUGUUUGUAACGUUACUCAGAAACACAUCUGAGCUGCUGGAGCUUUUUGUCGAAGUUGGGAUAGAAGAGACACACGAGAACACAGCGGGAUUUACUCCACAUCCAGACAAACUACUCCAGAGAGCUAUAUAUAUAUAUAUAAAUAUAUAUAAAUAUAAUGUCUGCCGCUAAAGAAACCCCUUGUAGGAAGUUCCAGGCGAACUUCUUCAACAAAAGUAAAUGUCAGAACUGCUUCAAACCACGAGAGUUGCAUCUGUUGACGGACCAGGACUUGACCCAGGCUAAACCCAUUUAUGGUGGAUGGCUGUGCUUGGCCCCUGAGGGAACUGACUUUGACAAUCCUAUGCAGAGAUCCCGGAAAUGGCAAAGGAGAUUCUUUGUGCUGUACGAACAUGGUUGCCUGCGCUUUGCCCUGGACGAAUCGCCAAGCACGCUGCCUCAAGGCACAGUGAACAUGAACCUCUGUACGGAUGUCAUAGACGCCGAGCCCAAGACGGGUCAGAAGAACUCCCUGUGCAUCAUCACUCCAGACCAGGAGUACUUCAUCAGAGGAGAAAAUAAAGAGAUCAUCAACGGGUGGAGUGAACAGCUGGCGAUAUAUCCCCGAACCAACAAACAGAACCAGAAGAAGAAACGCAAGGUGGAGCCUACGACCUCCCAGGAGCCAGGUCCAGCCAAGGUAGCAGUGACCGGCACUGGUAUCCCAGAGGCGGAGAAGGUUCCAGACUCCAGCUCCAUUAUCUGGCAGGAGGAGCUGAACCAGAGAGAGGCUGAGGGGGCUGCUGUCUGGGCCCCCGCUGACCUGCCUCCAGGAUCACCGCUGCCCCCCGCAGGUGACUGUGCACCACAGGGCUCUGACGCCGGCUCAGUGAAUGGCGACGAGGUGGACCGAGGCAGCCUGGCGCUGCACGGCUCUGCUCCCCAGCCCCCCGGUGACCUGCUCUCCCCGACAGGCUCAUGCUCCAGCCUGGGGGGCGUCCCACGAUGCCUCUCCCCGGCCCCCAGCGACCCCUUCCCCUCCGGCAGCUCCCUGCUCUCUAACGGCUCCCACAUCAGCGGUUCGGUCAGCUCUCUGGACUCGGACGCCAGCGGCAGCACCGUGACCAGCACCGAUAGCCACCCGGCCAACCAGAGGGGCAGCCACCCCUACAGCCACCACGACACGCCGCGGUCCCGAAAGCUGGAGGCAGAGGCCAGGAAGGCUGAGAAGAGGAGCCGGUUUAGGAGCCCCGACAGGCAGGAGAGGGACGCCGUCCUCAGCCCCGAGAGGAGUCGCUCCGGUGUUAUUGAGAAGUUGGAGGCCUUGGAGCUGGAGAAUCCAGAGAAAAUGGAGGUGGAAGAGUCGGGCAGGAGUGGAGCCAGACAGGGCCGAAGUGAGCACCGACGCUUCCACAGAGAGGAGCAGAGGCAUGACGUGGGUCAGGGUCUGGAUUUCCCCUCCGCCCUGCCGCCUCUGAGGAGAGCCAAGUCCCUGGACAGAAGGACCACUGAGUCGGUCAUGACGCCGGAUUUACUGAACUUCAAGAAAGGUUGGAUGGUGAAGCUGGAUGAGCAAGGCCAGUGGAAGAAAUACUGGUUUGUCUUGACGGAUCACAGCCUGAAAUACUACAAGGAUUCCAUUGCAGAGGAGGCCUCUGACCUGGAUGGGGAGAUUGACCUGUCUACUUGCUACAAUGUAACUGAAUACCAGGCUCAACGCAACUAUGGUUUCCAAAUACAUACCCAGGAGGGAGUGCACACUCUGUCGGCCAUGACGGCAGGUAUACGCAGGAACUGGAUCCAGGCAGUCAUGAAGAACGUCAGACCCUCCACUGCCCCUGAUGUGGCAAGCUCAACUGAGGACCAUGGCUCCUUCUCUGCUUUGGAGGGUCUGGUUCGGCCAGAUGUCACCCAGGACUCUCCCUCCUCCGAGACCUCGUCCGUGGAUAGAGAAUCCACUCAGGGUGUCGUAAAAAGCCGGGCACGUGAACGCAGAAGAGAAGGCCGCUCUAAGACAUUCGACUGGGCAGAGUUCAGACCCAUCGCUCAGGCUCUGGCUCAGCAGCGGGCUCAAGAGGCCGAGAGCCUCCAGGCGGACCUGGGAGAGCUGGAGCGCAGUCGGAGGAGAGAGGAGAGGCGGAAGAGAUACGAGUCUGCGACCAGCUCAUCGGCGGAGCAAACAUCCACGAAAGAAGGAGGGAGGACAGACUAUGAGAGUGGAGAUGGAGUCAGACAGACAGAUUCAUUAGGUCCCCCGUCUUUGGAGAAGCAGCAGAGGGUGGAGGAGGUGAUCGAACAACACUGGCAACAAGUGGAGAAGACACCCAUACGGGAGGAGAGGAGGGUGCCUCUGCCCACCACAGGGCAAUCCAGAGAGACUGUUGAGCUGGACCAGCUGCUGGACAAUUACAAGCAAGGGAUAGAGGUCCUGAAGGCCCAGCUGGAGAGCUGUCACCAGCAGCUCCUCGACUCAAACAAGCACAAGCAGGAGCUGGAGCUCCAGCUGAGGACAGCUCUGGAAGAGCAGGACAUCCGGACAGGGUACAUCUCUCCGCCGGAGCACCCUUUGGGUCUGGAGGCUGAUGUGACGCCCCAGACGAAGAGGCCCGAACUGGCCACCUGUGAGAGGGGCUUCGCUGCCAUGGAAGACUCCCAUCAGAGGGUGAUAGACGAGCUGCAGAGGAAACACCAGAGAGAGCUGGAGAACCUGCAUGAGGAGAAGGAGCGACUGCUGGCAGAGGAGACGGCAGCCACCAUCUCUGCAAUUGAAGCGAUGAAAAACGCCCACCGGACAGAGCUGGAGAAGGAGCUGGACAAGGCUCGCAAGGCCAACAGCAACACAGAAAACGCAGACAUAGAGGAGAUUCGCAGACAGCAUGAGGAGGAGCUGUGUUCGUUCACGCGGGAGAUCGAGGUGUUGUCGGAGCAGUAUUCCCAGAAGUGCCUGGAAAACGCCCACCUGGCACAGGCGCUGGAGGCCGAGAGGCAGGCCCUCAGGCAAUGUCAGAGAGAGAACCAGGAGCUCAACGCACACAACCAGGAGCUGAACAACCGUCUGGCAGCAGAGAUCACCAAGAUGCGCUCCAUGACGUCUGAGGACGGAGCGGGAGACUCAAACCACACAAUACUGGGAAAAGAGCUCUAUGAGUUAGAAGUGAUGCUGAGGGUGAAGGAGUCCGAGGUCCAGUACCUGAAGCAGGAAAUCAACUCCCUGAAAGACGAACUCCAAUCUGCCCAAAGAGACAAGAAGUAUUCCACGGAUAAGUACAAGGACAUCUACACAGAGCUGAGCAUCGUCAAGGCCAAAGCGGAGCGGGAUCUGGGCCGGCUCAGAGACCAGCUGCAGCUGGCUCACGAGGCACUCGGGGAGCCGUCGCUGGAGGAAGUGGAGCGAGGAGGAUACGAUAUCAUGAAGUCCAAAAGCAACCCUGACAUCCUCAAGAUGGCAGCUGCUGCAGCCAAACGUUCCGAGCGCACCUUGAGGUCAAAGAGUCUAAAGGAAGGGCUGACGGCUGAGCAGAGACUCCACCUGUUUGACAAUAAAGACACUAAGGAGUUCUGACAGCGACGCAUCGUGUCUGCCUACCUUGCUGCAUGUUUAGAAAGCCCACUAUAUUUUAGCUCUGUGAUUACUUAUUUAGUUACACUACACACUGGUCACAAAACACAGAUCAUAUAUUAUUAAAAAAAAAAACAUGGUAUGAAGUUUGAAUUUCAUGUCUAGAUUUUGCAUUCCAUGCACUUCAGUUAACUGUGACAUUUUUUUGUAUUUUUUUUUUUGCUGCCAUGUCUUACUGUAAAUACUGUUUUUAAUUGAGCAUCUGUCAUGUAUACGUACACUAAAACUAUGACUGUGUAAGCUACUGUUUUAACUCCCUAGACUGUUGCUAGCCAAAGGCAUAAAUGUGAUGUUCGAAGGCUAAACACAACUACGUAUUCAUGAGUAAUACUUGCAUAAAACCAAUAGGAAUGAGUGUGGCGUUCAGGUCUGCACGUUAACGCUCCACCGCUCCAUCAUCAUUCCAGCACAGAUGGAAGUGUUGCUCAGUAAACAAGCUACGGAUCAACGUCUGCAUUAGAAAACAAAACACCCACCAUGUUGCUUCAUCGCUCGACUUCUAAAUUAACAUCGUGGAUGUUCUCUGGAUCAGUCUGAGAUAUACCCUUUGGAAAGGUGACAGCUGAAUGCAUAUGGAUGGGAUUCACUGACUAUAAUUUAAAUAUAUAUAUAUGAAAAUUUAUAUAGAGUUUUUUUUUUUUCUCACUACAAUCAUUGGUCCAGCUGUAGAGGAGUUGUUGGAGUUGGUUAUGUUUGUAGUCUUGUUCAGUGGCAGUCCCUUUGUAUUUAUUUAAAUGGUUGGGAUUUUUCUUUCACAUUCCCAUCCCUCUGUACUCUAUUAUUGUAAAUAUAAGGCAAAUAUACACCAACUGACUACAGGUUUAUUAGCAAUAAAUAUUUUUGCACCCUU